AUGCUUCAUCGCAUCCUAUACGGGCUGCUCAUAGACGACGGUAUUCCGCUUGGGUUUUUGCCUUCGGUAUUUAGCUUGGGUUCUCCGAUACAAUAUUUGCUCAGUUGGGACUUUUGGUCGGCAUUGCUCAACCCAACUGCGAAUCGGAGAUUUCACGGGUUAACUGUUGUCAUGAUCGUAUUCAUUCUCUUGCUCAGCAUUAUUGCUAGCCCGUUCUCGGCAACUGCUAUGAUUCCACGCCAAGGUUGGUGGGAUGCAGAUAAUGAUUUUUUCGGAGACUCGGCAUCGCGAGAUACACUACCAGUCUACUACAUCUCAGGUAACCCUGCUAAGUUGAAGCUCGACUCACGGGAUAUGUUUCAAGGUGACAAUACGUUCUGCGACCCAGAGAUAUCUAACUUCACUUGCUGGGAACCGACGUUAGAUACAAUUGUGCAGGCUCUCUUACCUAUGUUCCGAGACGCCCCAAUGAUUCCUCUUCAGGAAAAUAUCACAUAUUCGGUCAACAGCAUAGGGAGAAAAAACCGACCAAUCUCACUAUCGAAUGCUGCUGAACACGCAGAAAUAGCACUCACAACCUGUCCUAUGACUUUUGUGGCCGAUGCCUUUAGUCGCGAGUAUUCCCUAACUGGGAGUUGGAUAAACGGGUAUAACAACAUGCUUAUCAAAUCUAAGCAGAAGAAUUCUUCGGGGACGAGGAAAUGGAAACAGUCUCUCGUUGCCGUUCACUGCAACGAGACAUGGAUACCGACCGACCUGGGCGUUCAAGAUGCCAUGUUUCUUGACCUCGAAAACAAGACCAUCCGUCACUCGGUUAGCGCAGCUAUUUUAUUUGCCAACCGUGUGAGGAAGGAUGGAAUACAAGACAAGAGAGACACGAACGACGAGACCAUUUUAGGACUGGGACUUUGCCUUGUUUCUCCCCGCUGGGUUGAUGCCGAAGUCUGGGUAAUCCGCCAGAAUUCCGUGGUCGUGAACAGCAACUUGGGAUUCACUAAUGAAGAUUUUUUAACCUAUUUGCAUGAAACAUCUACAGCUAAAGAUGUCAUAAAAAUGAGCGAUGGAUGGUUAAAAGGUGUUGGCCCUCUACUAAAUGGCACCCAAGAGUCGCCAUCCACGUCGAUUUAUGAUGGUGCAUCAGUUUUCUGCAGCCACAGCGCCAUUGGAUUCUUCUCUGGCUGCCUCGCGAAUGCUCUCGCCGUAUAUCUCACAGACGCACUGGCACAGCCAACAAGACUACGAGCGUGGUAUAAUGAUGGUUCUGGUGAUCCAUUACCUGACGAACAAGACACGAUUAUUCAGAGUACGCACUACAAGUAUACGUAUGCCUAUGAGCUGAAGGGUAGCAUUGCUAUUCCCCUGGCUUUAACUGUGUUACUCCUCCACGUUUGCACGGCUCUGGUACACGUGGGAAUAAUCCUCCUCUCCCCUCGCUCUUCGCACGGCUCAAGCUGGAGAAGUUUUGGGCAGAUGUUGGUUCUCGCAUUACGCUCGCGAGUUGAUGGCCUAGACAAUGUCGGGGGAGUAGUGUCAAGCCCGCAGACGUGGAAGAGGACUACGACAGUGAGAGACGUUGGGGAAGGACGGUUGGAGAUGAUUGUAAAUGUCAACGAGGGCGAUGUUCAAGGGGAUGCUGAUGAGUCUCUUGGGGACAGAAAUUCAGGCGCGUCCAGGCUGGAAAAGAUCGCUGUGGGAAUCUGGGUACAGCUGGUCAUCGUUCUUGAUGUUGGGGAAUUGGGGCACCGCAGAUUGGUAUUAAUCCGAGGGGCUUCGGCUAUUCCCGGACCGCGUUAG